AGUUGUCCUGUUGGUGUCCAAAAGCAUAACAAUAUGGCGGCGCCCGACUCGGUGUGCUCGGUGUGCUUCUUAUUAUACAUCCAUGCGUGUGCUACGGACUGUCGAGUUAAAGCCUUAAGGGACGAUACCCUUGUCUUCUGAGGUUGAAAACAACCUUAAAUGAAAGGAUGGAUAACGUAGGAGAGGACGAACCAGAACCUAUAAAGCUCAAGUCUAUCAAGACUAAUAAAACAUUCACAGUGCCUCAAAGUGACAGGUUUGGGAGCUGCAGGAGUGUCAGAGAGUUUGAGAAGUUCAAUCGCAUCGGAGAAGGAACUUACGGCAUUGUGUACCGAGCUCGAGACACCAAGUCAGAUGAGAUUGUGGCUUUGAAGAAGGUCCGUAUGGACAAAGAGAAAGAUGGGGUCCCCAUCAGCAGCCUCAGAGAGAUCACCCUGCUGCUGAGGCUCAGACAUCCCAACAUAGUGGAGCUGAAAGAAGUGGUUGUUGGCAGUCAACUGGAGAGGUAGUACACAUACUCACACCGCCAUGGUAGAUAAGAGAAUGUUAUACAGCAACAAUUAAUGC